AUGUAUUUCCAGCACGGAGAACAUUCAGAUCCGUAAGAAAUCAUAGUAGAUUGAAAAAAUCGGCAAAUUCACAGAACGAGUGUGAUGAACAGGGCGUCGAACAAUCGUCGUCUGGACGGACCACCGGUUUGAUGAACUCAGCGGAAUACGAAUAAUUUUGAAAGAAAUAAGUACAGGUAACAAUUUAUAUUAAGUAUUCAAUCAAUAUAUUAAUUUUAGGCAAACUAUGCCGACAAAUUCGCGUUUCAAUCCGAUCUCGCCAGGUCGGAACCUCGGAAACCGUCCUUACCCCCAACAUAACAGCCGAUCGCCGACAGAGGUCAUUCAAACUAUUCAAUAUUCUGUUAACACGAUAUUUUCAGAGCCGUGCUUCCACAAUGACCAAUUACAAUAGUCCGUGGAUGUCUCCGAAGCUGCCAGCUCUCCUGAAAGGAGAGCCGAAAGAGGAGGAGCCGCGGUUCCGUCGAGCGAAUUCGGUGGCUGUUCGGAAGAGCGCACAAGAGGAGGAAAAGAAGAAGGACACGAAAGAACGGAUGAAGAUCAAUUUCAUGGAGAUACCGGGCAGGAUUGCGAAGAAGUUCAAAAAGGGUGACACAAAGAAGGAAAUGGGAGGCGUGCGGAUGUCGGCGCCCGUUAUAAAACUGCCGGAGACGUCGUCCUCUUCCCAGCCGUCGCUCCCGACGGCCUCGUCUCCCGGAUCUUCCUCUUCCACCAGUCCAGUUGCCAAAAAAACGGUUCGAACGACUGCAAGUCUGAGAAUGCAGCCGGAAGACAAAUUGAAAUUGUGAACAUUAAAAAUACUUGAGAACAAAGAAACAAUAAUUUGUGCUUUCAGCUACCAGAAGAUGGGGAGGCCCACAAUGACGGCAGCGCAACGGAUGCAGCGCGAGCGGCAGCGGGACUUCGCUCUGGUUCCGGGCCCCGGGCGCGCGAGUCUCGAGUCGAACAUUCCAAAAAACAGUUCCACCCAGUCCGUCGACAGCAUGAUCGUCUUCUCCUCGCCCUCACAACACAGCGGAACCCUUUCGAUGAACGACGAUGACGUAGAGCCGGUGUUCAAGAACGCACUCACGAAAAAGAAUGUGACGAGUGCUCAGAUAGGUUCCCUCAAGACGAAAUUAGCCGUGAAUGGGCCUUCGUUCACGAGCACGCCGAGACUGACAAACGCUCCGAGCAACUCGCCGACCAUAUCCAACGUCAGAUCGGUUUCAGAUGCGUCUCUCUGCAUGCUGGCCGAAGAGCCGCCCGCGAACAAGAUCAAUCUGAAUCAGACCGCCGACACGGUGUACUAUUCGACUAUCGGCGUUGCAAGCACGGCUCAGGCGAACAGAACACCACAGAUGAGUGACGUGUCGAUGGCUUCCACCGCAUCCACUCCGACGCCGACUGUUAGCGUGAAGCAGGAAAUCAUAGAGCAGCCAGAGUCGGCAUUAUCGCAGUGCCCGAGUGUUUCGUCCAUUCCGCCGCCCACCUUCGACCACAAGACUCAAUGUUUCGCCAGUAUUGCCCAGCAGGUCGUCUUCUCACAGCCGGAACGCGUAAGCCCUAAAUCUCAUUCCAAUCAGCGAGUUUUAUUUCAUUUUUUAGGAUUUGUGGAUGGUGUCCAAAGAGAUCCGAGAUAGACAGGUGGAGAAAGAGAGAUGUAUUCCGGAGGUCAACAGAUUAAUUGAUCGCUGCAGCGAAAUCGAGCGUGAGAAGACGUUUCUGCUGCACAGCAAGGGAGACAGUCCUACUCUUGAAGAUGUAGCAAUACUGAGCAUGAUCAGUUCCUAAUAUUCUUCAUUUUCAGCUGCAUCGUAUGUGGAAUUUGAACCAGGAGCAUUUGAAUCUGAGCGCCAAGAUCAAGGACCUGAGCAUUACGAUUGACUGCGCCCUGAGAACGCUGGACGAACUUGAGAUGCGUCGCAACCAACUGCUCUCCUCGCCUCUUCCGUCCGUAAAUGUUACCGGAAGUUUCGUCUAG